AUGGUCCGUCUCACCACCUGCCUCGCAUACAUCACCCUCGCUCUCGCCAGCAGCGUCGCCGCCGGCUGCGACAAACAUUGCAACGGUUGCUCCAGUAGUGCAGAAAACCCGGCAAGCCAUCCGGGCAAGGAUGCGAGCGAGGAUGGGAUUGCAGCGGUUGCGUCGGCCGGAACGCGCGUUGCAAAUGUGAAAAUUCUUGCUCCGCCAGAAAACCCCCUCAGAAGCGACAGGCCAAAUGCAUCAGUGGCAUCGAUUGCAGCGGUUGCCAAAGCUCGGAAGAUUACUGCAUAUGUGAAAAAACUUGCGCCAGCAACAACGGAGGCCUUAAGGAGAGAUCUCUGGAGAUGGAGGAAAUGGCCGAGGAUGUUGAGGGGCUGGAAGACAUGGCUUUUGCGGCUUAAAGAGGGUGACUCUCUGAG